CAUCAUCAGCAAUACAUAGAAUAGAACCAACACAAGCAAACUCGAAAUCAACAAUGUCGACAAAGUCUAGCACUACCAUCCUUGCCUUUGCCUUUUGUUUCUUGUCCCUCCUCAGUUUCGCUUACUCCAACAACACCGACGACAAAAUCUACCUCUCCGGCCUGGUCUACUGUGACAACUGCCAAUUGAAGUCUAUGACCCAGAUCAGUAAGAUGAUUCCAGGUGCAAAGGUGCGAUUGGACUGUAGGGAGGGGGGGAACAUAAAAUUCAGCCGAGAGGGCGAAACCAACCCGCUUGGACUGUACUGGUUUGAGUUGGAAAAAUCUAAGGAGCCUUUGGAUGAUUGUCAAGUGACAUUGCUACACAGCCCUGACCCUGAAUGCAAGAUUUCCCACGAAGUCGACCCUAAUAACAAAUCGAAAACUGCGCCGGUGGCCACCCGGAAGAUCAACCUAUUGGAAGGAGACAGCGUUGUUUCCAUCGGACCAAGCCAACGCGUUUCCUACCCUCUUGGUUUGGUCGUUGAGAAAGCUCGUCCUGAGUGCGAGCAGUUCGCCAAAGCACGCAAGCAUUUUCAGAACUAAUUUAAAGAAUUGAAGACGAAAACCGUCUGAUAUUAAAUCAGUUUCCAAUUUCAGUGAAUUUUUCUUUUUGAUUGCAAAGAUAGAUAAAUUGUGGUUUAAGAAAUCAACAGUUACGAUUAUGAUAUAUGCACGGUUAUGAUUCGUGAAUUCACAACUAGUAUAAACAAGGAAGUGUAAUUAGAAGUGCA